AUGGGCCUCUAAAUUGGAAUCGGAAUGGAAGAUGAUGAUUACUCGGCGGCUGCGACUACCCUUCUGUUCGACCGUCCGAUACCUCUGCUCCGGGGACCAGUGCCCGCCGGUGGUUCUUAUAUUCUAGCUUUCCGAUCCCUUGAUUCAUGGUCAGCCGCUUUCAAGCGCUGCGAAAACCUAAUCAAGGAGCAGUGCGAGGAAGGUGCGAGAAUUGGGUGCGCCGUCGCCGCCUCUAAUAACUGUAAGCCGCCGUGGUGGCGACGCUCUGGUGGUGGUGGUGACAUGAAGGAGCGAGAGAAGUGCGAAGAACGGGAAUUUGAGGGAUGCGUGGCUGCCGCCAUGGGAAAGUGUGCAGGCUUCGCCAAAGACAAGUGUUCUGGAGCGUUUUUAGAGGCGCGAAUCGCGAGUGAGGUCGAGGGACUGGUGCGGCUAGCGUCAAUGCCGGAGGAUAGCACGUGGCGGCAUCUCAUGGGCCUGAGUUCGCUGGUUCGGAUCAAGUGCUGCAGAGCCAGGGAUCUUCUAAACCAAACUCGUCGUAAUUAGUUGCAGGAUGAUGAAUUAGUACUUAUGGUGUAUGUGAGGAUGAUGAUGUUCUUAUUUCUGGUCAAACUGUUGUGAGCUCAAGUUUUUAAUCGUAACGUUGGAAAUUACUUACUUUAUCAUGUCUCCCUCUAUCUGUUUGAGAUUUUUA